AAGAUCGCGUAUGCACCAAUCAGCGCCAGUGACGCUUCGCGACCACCAUGGCCACCAUCGCGCUCGACAUUGGUCAGGCUCCGACGACGUACGGCAGCCACGGCGACGUCGUCGGGUCCGAGUAUUACUACGCGCUCGUGUUUCCCAACACGCCGCACGCGCUGGACGCCGGCGCCACCGACCGCAUCUCGUUUGCGGACGCCACCGACGUCAUCCGGCGCGUCACGUGCGGCUCGGACGCGGACAAGGACGCGGCGGUCGAGGAGUUCCGCGACGCGUGGGUCGUCAAGUUUCGCAGCCUCGCGCCCGCCGCCACGGAUCGCAUUCCGCGGCACUUUUUCAGAGAACUCAUGCGCAACAUUGUGCUGCAGCGCCUCGAAGCCGUGCCGGGCAUCACACUCGCGACGCAGAUCUCGGCCGACGACCAGAGCAUCUACUGUUUGGUGCGCUUGACGCGGGACGCGCUGGUGCACUUGGCCGGCGACGUGCAGCUCAACCUUCCCAUUUGGUCCGAGAUUGAUCCUGGCAGCCAGUAUUGGCUAGAGCACGGCCACGAGACGACCGAGUACGCGACGGAGGUGGCCGAGAAGGAGCUGCAUCGACUCUUUCUCGAAGGCCACGUGACCGCGGACGAGGCGCAGGUCUUUCCCGGCGAGUCGCCCGCGAUGGUCGCUCGGCGCAUCUCGGCGCUCAAACGCAUCGCCAACCCAAGUGUGCAGAAGCGGUUUCCGUCCACAGCACUCUUGUACUUUCCAUUCCAGGCCGACCCAGCCCUGCACUACCUCUUCCGGCACGUCGAGGGCACGUUGCCGUUCCGGUGGGUUGACAAGAUGCGCUUGACCAAGGCGGCACUCGACAAGGCGUUCAACUGCGAGAUGCUGCAGCAAGAGGGCUUCCUCACACACCACCUGUGUCUUCACAUGCCCACAUCUUGUGAGCACAGCGACGAUGUGAGCUUGGACCAGCUCUGUGCGCAGUGGGGCGCGCUCAGCUCGUACGUCUACCUCUACAAGCACAGCAUUUGCCGCUCGUGGCGCGUGCUCUUCUACCAGCCGAUUGAGCUCAUUCGCGACUACUUUGGCGAAGAGCUCGGCCUCUACUUCGCCUUUUUAUCGUUUUACGCCGAGAUGCUCGUUGUGCUCAUUGGCAUCAGCAUCGUCGACGCGCCCUUCUCGCUCGUCUUGCCGGACGCAGUGCUGGGCUACUACAACAUGGUCCUCGCGAGCGUCAACUGCCUCUACGCGUGCUUCAUGCUUCGAAAAUGGGACGUCCGGCAGCGCGCGCUCGCCGUGGCAUGGGGCAUGGACAACGUCCAAGCCGACGCCACCAUUCGCGCCGAGUAUACAGGUGUCGUUGGCAUCAGCCCCGUGACGAACGCACCAGAGCUCAUCGCCCGGCCGCAGCUGCAAGCGAUGCGCAAGCUCCAGGCGACGUGUCUUCUCUGUCUCGCAAUGGGGCUCAAUGGCCUCGCGAUCUACGCGGUGUUUGCCCUCCAGGCCCACUACGAGUCGAUCUACGACUCGGACGACUCGUUCACGGUCUACUCCAACAUUGUCAUCGCGUUGCUGAUCAAUUUGAGUCAAGUGCCGUUCCAGCCGAUUGUCGUGCGUCUCAACCAGUUUGAGAACCACCGCACGCACCACGCCUUUCACGUCGCCCUGACCGUCAAGUUCGCACUCUUUCAGACCAUCAACAACUUUGGCCCGAUCCUCUUCUCGACGUACCUCAAGCCGUACAUCUUUGGCUGCAACCUGUCGACGAUGCCGCACUUGGACGCUGCGGCGUGCGCCGACGAGACGGAGCACUUGCUCUUGAGCGUCCUCUUCUUCAACUUGGCGCUGUCGGUGCGCGAGAUCGCGACGCCGCUACUGCUCACCGUGCGCCACGCGUACAACGCCCGCCGGACGCGCAUCUACACACCGCUGGACACCGAGAUGGGGUCUCGCAGCCUCAACGACGAAUUGACCCUCGACGUUUACGACGGCGUCCUCUUUGACUAUGCACAGAUCUCUAUCACGUUUGGCUACAUCACGUGGUUUGGCGCACUCGCACCCCAGGCCGCGGUCAUUGCACUCGCCAUCACUCUUGUUCAAAUACGCGUGGACGCGUACAAGCUAUGCUACUUGAUGCAGCGCCCGAUGCCACUCCCCGCGUCUUCAAUCGGAGGCUGGAUGAUCUACUUUCGCAUGCUCACGCUUUCUGGCGUCGUCAUCAACGCCGGCAACGUCGUCAUCGUGCAAAUGCUGGCUUCCCAGGCCAACAUGACGUUCCGUAGCAUUCCCAUGAGUGCGUGGCUCGACCAGCUCUUCUCGCUGACGCUACUCAUGACGGCGCUCUACCUCGCGUCCGUGCUCGUCUCGCUCCACGACGCCUCGGAUCGAGAGGUGCUCCACACGAUCAAGAGCACCCUCAAGCGCCAAGCGUACCUCCAGGAAACGUACCUGUUCCAGCUCACGAGCAAAGACAAGGUCGACCAGGUCCUGCGACCGCCGGGGGACAUUUUUCUCAACGGCGUCUUUCGGUACAUUGUGAGCGGCGACAUCAAUGACGGCGAGCAAGUCGAGGAGCUUCGCGAAGAGCUCUGCGCGCUCGAAGCCAAGAUCCAAGCGUUUCCAAAGCUAGAGACAGAGCUGCUGGGCAUGCUGUACGUCGUCAUUGUCGGCGCCAACAUCCUGCCGAUUAUGGACCGCUCGACCAAGGCACUCGACGCGUUUCUGAAGGUCAAGCUUAAGCAAGGCGACAAACUCUUGCCUUCCAAGGCAAAGACCGUCGUCAAGAAGAAGCAGCGCAGUCCCGUCUGGAACGCGCCGUUCGAGUUUAAGAUCACGAGCAUGGAGACGCGGCUCGUCAUGGAAGUCUACGACUGGAACCUCGUCGGGAAGAGCAAGCUCGUUGGCGUCGCCUCUGUCCCCAUCACGCGCGCACUCACAAGCGCUGUCGACUUUAACGAGAUGGCUGUCGAGGGCAUCUGCGACAUGGUCGCCCUCAACGUACCCGUGGAGAUCGAGUCCAAGCUGCUGGCCACGAUGGCCAGCGAUAUCCCAAAGUUCGGCAAACCCGUGCUGCACAUAAGCCUCGGCGUGCGUCUGAACGAGCUGGGCUGCCAAGGGCUGCGACUGCACAACUACGUGGCGCGAACGCGAGAGAUUGUCAAGGCGAUGGACACGUAUCUGGUUUGGAAGCCGCGACGCCCGCGGCAGUCAACCAUCGACGACGACAACUCACGCUAG